AUGACUGACUCCAUCUCAGACGCUGCGCGUGAAAUUGGUGACCGCGUGGAGACCUUCGUACGGAAAGAAAUUGCCCCCUACGAACAAGAUCCCCGCGCAGGGUCCCAUGGGCCUACCGAAGAGCUCGUUCGGGAAAUGCGAGACAAGGCGAUCAAUGCCGAUGUCAUGACACCGCACAUCAGGAAAGAUGGCGGACAUUACAGCCAGGUUGAGACGGCUUACAUCCUCAAGAAGUCAGGCCUAUCCCCGCUCGGUCCUGUCGCCUGCAACACAAUGGCGCCGGAUGAGGGAAACAUGUUCCUGCUUGGCAAAGCCGGAAGUGAAGAGCAGAAGGCGCGUUUCCUGGCACCGCUGGUGAGCGGCGAAGCAAGAUCAGCAUUCUUCAUGACCGAACCGUCUGCUGACGGCGGCGCCGGGUCCGAUCCGUCCAUGAUGCAGACGGAGGCCAAGCUUGAUGGCAAUCAUUGGGUCAUCAACGGCAAGAAGACCUACAUCACCGGGGCUGACGGCGCAAAGGUCGGCAUCGUCAUGGCAAACUCUUCUGACGGCGCCUGUAUGUUCUUGGUGGAUCUGCCCGACCCGGCGAUCAAAAUCACCCGUGUGCUGGAGACGAUUGACAGCUCCAUGCCGGGCGGACACGCAGAAAUCACCAUCGACAAUUUGCGUGUGCCUGCCGAUCAAAUGCUGGGCCAACCGGGGCAAGGCUUCCGCUUUGCGCAAGUCCGGCUCGCGCCGGCAAGGCUUUCCCAUUGCAUGCGCUGGUAUGGUGUCGCGGUCAGGGCACAGGAAAUUGCGACGGAAUAUGCCUGCCGCCGCGAAGCGUUUGGCAAGCUUCUGAUUGAUCAUGAAGGUGUGGGCUUCAUGCUAGCGGAAAAUCAAAUCGACCUUAAACAGUCCGAAUUGAUGAUCGAUUGGUGUGCAGCGACGCUCGACCGUGGUGAAGACGGGAAUGUUGAAAGUUCUAUGACGAAGGUGUCUGUGUCGGAAGCGCUUUUCCGCGUGGCAGACCGGUGUGUUCAGGUGAUGGGUGGCAUGGGUGUGUCCGGCGAUACCAUCGUUGAACAAUUGUUUCGGGAGAUCCGCGCCUUCCGCAUAUAUGACGGGCCGACCGAAGUCCACAAAUGGUCGCUGGCCAAGAAAAUCAAGAAGAAGACACUGGCCGCAAUGUAA